CCUUAAAAUAUUGGGGAUGUCUGCAUGCAUAUUUUUCCUUUCAUCACUUAUCAUCCUGAUCAGUCGUUCAUCUGCGUACGAGAACAUAGCAUAUAAGCGACCAGCAUGGCAAAGAACAACACACCCUUCAGGGUUUGGACCGGAUAAGGCAGUUGAUGGAUUAAAAUCUAACUUAUCUGCAAGUGGUCACCAGUGUAGCAUAUCAGCAAAUUAUGAAAAUAUAGCUUCAUUGAGUGUCAACCUACUUGGAAUAAAAUUUAUUCAUCAUCUGCUUAUAUAUUACAGAACAGACAACAAUCCUUGGGGUGAAAAUAAUUCCUUAGCUGGAAGAUUUCUGGGAUUCGCUGUCUAUAUAUCAGACACUGAAAAUAAAGAUGAUGGUAGAUUAUGUUUCCAUGACAACGAAUACAAUAUGUCUACAAUACCAGCUGUGGCCAAUAUCACGUGUGAGUUAUACGGCCAGUAUGUCAUCUAUUAUAACGAAAGAAGAAACGACACAGUUUACCCGAUUGGUUAUUCGAAAUACGCAUACAGUGAGCUCUGUGAAGUUGAAGUUUAUGCAUUCCUAAUGGAUUUAAAUGCACCCCAUUACAGAGCAUAA